GUUUAGAGUCGGGAAACCACUAGCUAGUAAUGGGAGUCAUAGCACGGGUGGAGAACAGAAAGGAGGACACAUGAAAAGCUGUUCUUCUCAUGUCCUGAUCUUAUUCAAACACGCAGUGGGUUUCCAGGGACCAGUAAAGAGGCCUGGGCGAUUUAGCUGUUAGUUAUUUGAAAAGUGGAACAAACAGCAAAAGUGAUUUGGCGUAAAAGUGAAAUUUGACAAUAAUAGACCUUCUGGGAUAAAAAGUUUCAAAAUCCAUUUCAUCGAAUCGGAGAGCUUUACAAUUCAUCCUUCUAUGGAAAAAAGCACCGGAAGAGGAAGUAGAAGUCGAUCUUUGAGGGGAAACCGUCCUACUCGUGUCCUUUCCUUGAGGUUUUCGUCAAGUGCGGCUCGUGGGCGGGAGCUUGAGUAAUCUACCUGGCCUUCGCGUUACUCAUCAAUUUCAAAGUUCAACACUUUAUCUCAUAAUGAAAAAGAUGUUUUGGAUUUUUUGCUUUGCAUUUAUAGCUCUAGAAACGACAUAUACAUUUGCAAAUGAAUGCAAUAGCAGUCAUGUUGAACCAUGUUUCGAUGAUCUGGUAAUUUAUGAAGAUCUAGCUUUCCCCCUGUAUGGAGCAAAUGAGGAUGAACUGAAUGAAACAUGCAGAAAUAUCAACGAAUCUUUCGAAUGCUUAGAAGUUUUCGGGGAUUUAUGUCAAGGAAAGCCAGAGUGCAAUGAAGAAUGCAAAGAAACUAUUAAUGAUGUUACGAACUUAUUACAAAACAGCAAACUAAAUCAUCUGCAACGAGAGCUAUGUAAUCCUGGAAGUAUUCUUCGUCAAACUUAUUUAGAAAAUUAUGAAUGCCUUGAAAGCAACUCGGACCAUUAUGCUCGCUGCCAUAACAAAUCUCAGUUGUCUCAAGAGUAUAUAAAAUCUAUCAAAGAAUAUCAAGAAAGGCUUGAUGCAACAUGCUGCUUCUAUUCCUGGUUUCAUGAUUGCUUCAAGAAUAUUACGAGCGAUAGCUGUAGUGUGAACGCAACUUUUUUCGUUUCCUUUACUUUUCACACGCUGAAUAAUCACUUAGUCGAGAUGGUGUGUGGCAAUAAUACUGCAACCUGCGUGGAACCCCCGCUUCCACCGGACGGCGAGGCGACAGACGGCGGCAUUCCAGAUUCAACUUUUGAAGAUAUUGAUAACUCAAUAGCUGGUGUUCGCAGUAAUACUGUCACAUUUCAUAUCCAGCCGUUCUCUGUGUUCACACUUGCAAUUUGUUUUGUGGUAUUAUCUAAAUACAUCAUAUCUAAAUAAAUUAUUUAUUGUUA